UGUAGCGAAGAUUCACAAACAUGCCGCAAAAACUUAUUCAACAUAGCCUUGGGUUUUCCCGAGAAUCGAGAAUGGAUUCAAUAAUGCGCUCAAGCAAAAACAUAAUGUUUUCAACAAGAACUAAAAAUCAACAAAUAUCAAAUUUACUUGAAUUUGAAAGGAAAAAAAUAGAUAACAGCGAGCAGUUAGUAUUAGUUCAAACCACUCGGAGUAUUAACAAUGAAAGAGAUUCCUUGUCUAAAAUGUUAGCUCUGCGAAAAAUUUAUCAACGACAUAGUUUUGAGAAGUACGAUCCUGUACUUCAUCCUCAGAAAAGAAAUCGAUAUUGUCACUUAGAUGCUAGAGAUUUGAUGAAGAUGUGGUUCAAAGGAAAAACUGUGUCAAUAGGGAAAACUGAAUCAGAUACUCUAUCGCAAGCAGAAUCGCGUCCUAUGUCUUCUAUGUUUCGUCGAAUGCGCAUGGCUAGUGGGAGAAGCAGAAAGAUGAGUUCCGUGUCAGGAGAGGCCGGCACAUGGGGUAAUUUAUUGACAGAGACAAUCCACGAAGAACCGAAAAGUGACCUUGGAUCACUGACAGGAGAGGAAAACGAUGAUGAUUUGGACGAAGUUGUGUACCGUUUAGAUGAUAAGAAACUGCACAUCGUACCAAAUAAAACUGUUCUCAGCCCUGAAAGUAAAACAGAUGUAAAAUCGAGUGUGAUAAAUCCUAUGAAUAAAACAGAAAAUUCAUCGCAAGAUAAAGAGCACGCGGGAGAGAAAAACGUAAUUCCCUUUAUAACAAGUAGUCAAGUAACAGAAAACAAUAGUAUUAAUCACAAUACAAAUUCAUCUACCUUAGAAGAAAACCACAUAUCAAAAGAACAGAUAGACAUCAACGAAAAUAAAAAGAGAGACCUUUCCGAAGACAUCGAAAAACACGAUCAGUUGAACGAUUCAAAGAAAACAGAGAAAACAUUCAGGAGAAGCGUUGUAAUAGAUAACGGAAACGUCAAUCAAAACAAAUAUACUUCUGGAGAAAACAUGCAAAUUGAAGAAAAACAAUCUGAAAUCAUCGGAACUGACAAUCAUACUUCCACAAUUAUUGUUUGUUCUGAUCCUGUUAAAAUUGGUGUAGAAAAUGUAAACACUUCGAAAUCUACAAUACAGAUUGACAAACAACCUUCAAAUAUUUUAGAACAUGAUUCCUCGUUUCCAAAAAUAAAAACAAUCGAUCAAGAAACUAAACCAAUAACUAGUUCUAAAACGGAAUACCAGUUGAGAAGCCCAAAGCUGGAAAAUCAACUUACAAUACUCCUAGAAAUGGAGAAAAGUGUUAUGUCGGCCACAUCAAUAUCGUCAAAUAAAUCCCAGACUACAAAACACUUACCAACUUCAAAUGGAGGAAAGACAAGCCAUCGCGCAAAAAGUGAGAAAAAUGCAGAUGGGGCUUCAGCACACAUGAACAAAAGCGUUGUUAAUAACCACGCAGAAAAUGCAAAUAAUAAACAUUCCCAAUUAUAUAGGGAUAAAACUAGUAUGUCUGCAAGAUCAAAUAAUUCAGCAAAGAAAUCACCAUGUGUAGCAAGAGAAAAAUCUUCCACGUCAAUACAAACCCUGUCGAAGGAAAAGACAUCAGUAUCCAGAAAGUCAAUAUCAAGAAAAAAAACCAGCGUGUCAGACAGAGGAAACGAAAAUAUUGACUUGCCUUUAGUAAAACCGAGAAGGACUGACUCUGGUAAAUCUGUAAGAGAAUCGACAGCAGGUGAUAAAUCUGCAAGAAAAUCUAAAUCGCGUGAAACAUCUGUAAGAGAACCGACUUCGCGGAAAGAUAAUAUAAGGAAUGAAACGAUAACGGCCUCGGGUUUGAGCACCAUGAAACAGCCAAAUCACUCAGCAUUACCAAUCGAUACAAAUUUACCAAUGACCGCUCCUAGUAUUCUUAAACGGUCAAAUCCGGAAACAGAAUCCGGACAUAUUCAAAAUAAAAGUACAAACGAAACAAGAAGAUCUAGUAGUGCUUCUACUUUAAGAUAUGAUACCCAUCAUAUUCACAAUGCAGCUACGAACAAACCUGUGAACUGGAAAGGACUGAUCAAUAAACUGAGGGGUCAAAAUACAGGAGCAAUAGUAGACGAUCGGGUCAUUGACGCAAAAAGCACAAGACGUCUCAAACGCCGCGAGAAGACGUUUGUUUUAAGUCGAGAAAGAACAAUAUUUCCGGGCGAAUGUAAAUCAACAUGGCAAAUGCGUAAAUUUAUUGAACGCGAAGUAAGUGACCUCAUGUUUUCGCAAUCCCCAAAAGGUAAACGACAAUAUCAAAUCGAGUUACUGAAAGAGCGGGAAAACUUAAGACUUCCGUUAUUUGUAGACAAUACAAAAUCGACCUCUGCAAUAUUGCGAGAUUUCAAACACAUCAGCAAAGUUGGAAGAACUGUUACGGCACCGUAGAUUUUGUACAGAAUUUUCCCCACAAUAAUGGGAAAUAAAUGAAAGCGAUAGAUGUAGUGUUGAAAUGUGUAAAGCUGCGUUUUAUAGUUAGUUUGUGAAUACUAUGACAAUACAAUUAGUUGUGUUUGACCAAGAAACUAUUGCAAUUGCCAUAGAUGUCCGAAACCCAACUGAACUAGUCAA